CGCCGGCCCGCCCGGCCCCGCCAUGGCCAGGCCGCAGAGGACUCCGGCGCGCAGCCCCGACAGCAUCGUCGAGGUGAAGAGCAAAUUUGAUGCCGAGUUCCGACGCUUCGCGCUGCCCCGCGCUUCGGUGAGCGGCUUCCAGGAGUUCUCGCGGUUGCUGCGUGCGGUGCACCAGAUCCCGGGGCUGGACGUGCUGCUUGGCUAUACGGAUGCUCACGGUGACCUGCUUCCCCUCACCAACGACGACAGCCUGCACCGGGCCCUGGCCAGUGGGCCCCCGCCGCUGCGCCUACUGGUGCAGAAGCGGGCAGAAGCUGACUCCACUGGCCUAGCUUUUGCCUCCAACUCUCUGCAGCGGCGCAAGAAAGGGCUCCUGCUGCGGCCCGUGGCACCCCUGCGCACCCGGCCUCCCCUGCUAAUCAGCCUGCCCCGAGAUUUCCGCCAGGUCUCCUCGGUCAUAGAUGUGGACCUACUGCCUGAGACGCACCGGCGGGUGCGGCUGCACAAGCACGGCUCCGACCGGCCCCUGGGCUUCUACAUCAGAGAUGGCAUGAGCAUGCGUGUGGCACCCCAGGGCCUGGAGCGGGUUCCGGGCAUCUUCAUCUCACGCCUGGUACGUGGGGGCCUGGCUGAGAGUACAGGGCUGCUGGCGGUCAGCGAUGAGAUCCUCGAGGUCAAUGGCAUUGAGGUGGCUGGGAAGACCUUGGACCAAGUGACAGACAUGAUGGUUGCCAACAGCCACAACCUCAUUGUCACUGUCAAGCCUGCCAACCAGCGCAACAACGUGGUGCGAGGGGCCUCUGGGCGUCUGACAGGGCCUUCCCCUGUACGGCCUGGGCCUGCUGAGCCAGACAGUGAUGAGGACAGCAGCGACCUGGUCACUGAGAACCGCCAGCCUCCCUGUUCCAAUGGGCUGUCUCAGGGGCCCCCAUGCUGGGACUUGGACCCCAGCUGCCUCCUUCCUGGUGCCCACAACUCUCUGCUCUCCCUGGAUGACCGGGAGCAGGCUGGCUCUGGCUGGGGGAGCGGCACGCGAGGAGAUGGCAGUGGCUUCAGCCUCUGACAGGCAAGGAUCAGCCCCUUGACACUCAAGGCUGCUGGGACAUGGCAGGGACUUCAAGGUGGGGGCGGUUAGCUUGUUCACAGGGCCCUCUCGGCCCAGGGAACAUUAAAUGUUUUCUACG